AUGUUAACUCUCUCUCUCUCUCUCUCUCUCUCUCUCUCUCUCUCUCUCUCUCUCUCUCUCUAUAUAUAUAUAUAUAUAUAUAUAUAUAUAUAUAUAUAUAUCCUUCUUUGACCUAUUGCUCUUCCUCACAAUCAGGGUAUCUAAGGAAGAUGACUACUUUUCUUCUUGUUAAAGGGGAGAUCCAGAUCUACAAACCAAUAGGAAGAUAUAGUAUAUAUCAUCUGGGUUUGUUCACGUUUUCCCGGGACCAAAACAGAGCAUCCCCAAAUUAUUUUUGCAAUAAUUUCCUGUAAUUUCCACCGGUAGCAAUCUUGCAUCUUUACUUCCGAAAUUAUUGAGGAGAUCUGUUUUCGACCCUUUAUCCUAUAGCAAUAUCGAUCAGAAUAAAAAACGAGUUUUAUAGAGUGAUGUUUCUGUUUAGUUUUUGGCAAAAUAAACUACUCGUACGGGUUUAAUGCUUUGGCUUCCUCUCUCUUCCUUUGGUUUCAUUCUCAGGUGGAUUACAAGAGAUCUGACCUUGAGGAAGAAUGGCCCAACUUACUAGGAGAUGAUUUCGCAUUCUGGUCCCAACAGUGGAAGAGGCACGGGAGAUGCCUCUACGGCAUGACCCCUAAAAGCUAUUUCGAUACUGCAAUAGUUGUAAUGGAAGAAGUUGGUCCUCUGCUUCAACUGCUACGGGUUGCCAAAGGGUUAUCACCUGAUCGAAAUCAGGCGUAUUCCUCUAAUGAUUUCCCUGCAGCUGUUCAAAACCAAAUCAAUGUGAUCACUGAGAUAACAUGUAAAAGUGAUUUUAAUGGUGGGUAUCAGCUGCACGAGGUUCUUUUCUGUGCUUCCACCACUGGGGCUUUGAUGAAUUGCAGCUACAACGCUACGAACGGGUACAUAGCCAAAGAGUGCCCGGGCAAGAUCUUUUUCCCCCACGAGCCAGAGGCGCCACUGGCUCCCACGCUGGUUAUAUCUACGCCUCCGUUCUACAUCGCCCUUACGUUUGCGCGGGCUAUAUAUGCGCCUCUGUUCUACAUCGCCCUGUUCUACAUUGCCCUUGCGUUUGCGCUGGCUAUAUCUGUGUCUCUGUUCUACAUCGCCCUUAUGUUCGUACUGAUUAUAUCUGCGCCUCUGUUCUACACCGCCCUUACGUUUGCGCUGGUUAUAUAUGCGCCUCGGUUCUACAUCGCCCUUGUGUUUGUGUUCUAUGUAAUUGUUCGAUUAAUGUAAUUGGAGAAAUGGCCUGUUCUAAAACAAAAACAAAAACAAAAACAAAAAAAAGAUUGGAGGACAUGGAAGGCUAUUAGGAGAUACAUAUAACCCUCAAAUGUGUUUAUAUAUGGGUUAUGAUUAGUAUUAUUUCAAAGGACUUGACUAUAUAGUAAAGGGUUUAUGGUUAUAGCUUCAUCUUUAUCA